AUCUCUGGCAGUGGCUUAUAAUAUGAGAUAUCUUUGGUAGUGGGAGACGGCAGUAGUUGAUUUUUGAGAGGGAGAAUUAAAAUUGCUUUUAUAUGAAACGAUAUAAAACGUAUUUUUUCCAUGAAAUUUUAUAUUAUAAUUUAGGAUUAUUUACUUGCGCAAAUCAAUCUGAAGUGCUAAAAAUCAAGAAAAGAUAUUCCGUCUAUUCUAUUAAUUGUAAUAGAUUCGUGCGUAUUAAAAUUUGAAUGUAGCAGACGACAGUAGGAGAUGUUAAAGCACACACAACGGUUAAUAGGUUUUGCAAGCAACAUGAAUCUGCUACAAAGUGCAAAAAAGAUAGCUGCAUAUAAAGCAGUUGAUGAAUACGUAAAGAGUGACAGUAUUAUCGGCAUUGGAAGUGGAUCGACUGUUGUUUAUGCAGUUGAGAGACUUGCUGAAAGAGCAAGAGAGGAGAAACUGAACGUAGUUUGUAUUCCCACAUCAUUCCAAGCACGGCAGCUUAUUAUAAAUCAUGGUCUUUUCCUGGGAGAUCUCGAAACUCAUCCAAAACUAGAUUGUGCCAUUGAUGGAGCAGACGAAGUCGACUUUCAAAUGAAUAUCAUCAAAGGUGGUGGUGGCUGUUUGCUUCAAGAAAAAGUCGUUGCUUCUUGCUCAGAACAGCUCGUGAUAGUAGCCGAUUACACAAAAAAUUCAGAAAAGCUAGGUGAGCAGUACAAAAAAGGUAUUCCAAUAGAAGUAGUGCCUAUGGCGUACAAACCUAUUCAACAAAAAAUAGAAAAAAUAUUUGGCGGUUCGACUGUUUUAAGAAUGGCCAUAGCCAAGAUGGGUCCACUCGUGACAGAUAAUGGAAACUUUAUUCUAGACUGGAAUUUUCCAGAAGGUAUUAACAACUGGGAGAAAGUAAACACGGAAAUAUUGCUAAUCCCUGGAGUAGUGGAAACUGGCCUCUUUAUCAAAAUGGCUACAAAAGCUUUCUUUGGAAUGCUGGAUGGCAGUGUCAAAGAGCGAACUUAACUAUUCAAAUAAAGUAUUUUGUCAAAUGGCUCAAAUCUUGCUAAAUUCUCAGGAAACGUUCGUCCUCCUUUUGUAUCAAAUUUUGUAAUAUCCCCGCAAUAUUUUGCAGACAUAAGCUACUUUCUAACUUUAUAGACAAGACUUUAUUUUGUUGCACACUUUUCUGUGUAAAACUAGAACAAAAUUAAUUGUUGAACUGUACAAAGAUAUUUUCAUCCAUUUUUAUUGUAACCUCUUUAAAACAGUUAACAGUGGAACAAGAAAAAAAAACUGUUUCUAAAUAUUCGUACAAAUAAAUGCAUACAAAGUC